AUGAAGCUCCAACAAUGUCUGCCCAGCAAUAACCCCAGGGUUUGGCAACGUCUGUCGUCUGUCGCCCUCCGGUUCUCCUCUUCAAACCAACCACGACAACAACGCUGCUUCACCUCCACGACAUCCCGCUCAUAUCGCCCCCUAGAUAGCCUCAACGAUGCCGACAUAAACGACUUCCGCCAAAACUACUUUACUCCGGAACGUCCUACAAUUCUCCCUCGGGGUUCUUUUCGUGAUUUCCCCGCCUUUGAGCGUUGGUUCGAGCCCGCUCCGACCGAACCAAAUGUAUCUCAACUGAAUACAACUUACCUUGCCCAACACGGAGCCGACGCCUUCGUUCCUCUGGAACUCACACAGCUAGCCUCCGACGGCGCCGCCGGGACAGGAGCAGACGGGCUCACCUUUCAGCAAUUUCACGCACCGCUGAGUCUGUUCCUUGAUUGGAUUCGUACCGCAGAGACGCUCGAGACACAGUCCGCUCGGUUGUAUCUAGCGCAGUGCCAGCUCCUAGAUCUCCCCCAGGUACUCCGCGGUGACUUUCCAACACCUGAAUUAGUAGCACAGGCCGGAAAGGGUGAUGUCUACGACACGAAUGUUUGGAUCGGAUAUCCACCUACGUAUACGCCUCUCCAUCGGGACCCGAAUCCCAAUCUCUUCGUUCAACUCGCGGGACAAAAGGUUGUGAGACUUUUAUCGCCUGGCGAUGGACAGAAGGUAUUUGGGUCCGUGAGACGGCAGCUGGGACGAAGCGGAGGUCGCGAGGCUGCUGCGAUCCGAGGAGAUGAAAUGAUGCAGGGCCAAGAAAGGGCAUUAUUGGAGCAGGCUGUCUGGGAUGAGGAGAAAGCUGUGCCGGGGCUAGAUGGGUAUGAAGCACAUCUCGAAGCGGGUGAUGGAAUGUUCAUUCCCCGCGGAUGGUGGCAUAGUAUCAAGGGCGUUGGGACAGGGGUGACGGCUUCGGUAAGUUGA